GUCCUCCCGUCACUUACAAUAAUGGCAUUGUGACUGCAUAUUCAGUGUCGAAAACCAUGUCGGCCAAGGUUAUUAUCACAUAAUGCGAGACCGUUGAGAACAUGCAUGAUUUGGGUGAAGCCUUCGAUGACGACCCGGACGCCUCAGCCUCUGAACCUGAGGAGGGCGGGGCCGAGCAGGGCCCUGAAGGCGAUGAUAACGACGAAGCUGAGGGGGCACCACCGACGAAAAAGAGAAAGACUGACGGCAACGCGGCCUCAAAGUUUGAUGGCCCAGCUUGCCAGUCCUGUCGACGGAAGAAGGCAAAAUGUUCUAGACGACUGCCUUGUUCGCAGUGUGAAAGGCAAAACUUGCAAUGUGUGUAUGAUGAAAGAAAGCUCAAGCCAGGACUGCGGUCCGGUGCUAUAGAGCACCUCAGCCAGAGAAUAACAGCUCUCGAGAACAUGUUUCUUGGGCAGGGCAUACUGUGGCAACAGAAUGUCAACCAAAUAUGGCGUCGACUCGAUGACAUCUCACCAGGAGGUGCUACCGGUUCCAGCACACAAGACUCAGGAUGCUCCAUGUCUGGGGCCUCUCUGAAGGAGCGUACGGCGCAACUUAGGAAAUCCUUGUUAUCCUCCAUUCCUGGAGACCGUAAGUCACAGGUACUGCCGCCCGAGGGGCCGCAGACUGCAAUAGACCCAACGCCCGACACUCGGCGUAAUCAAACAGAACAUGUACAGGCCAGACCCGCCAGAAAACUGGGAGCAACAUAUGGAGAAGACGAGCUUCCCCCGGACGAUGUCCUGUUCUCACUUGUGGAGAUUUACUUCCGGCUCAUCCACCCCUGGGUACCUAUGCUCCACGUCCGAAACUUUCGCCAGCGCAUGAAAGAAUCGUCACAGCGGGGUCAGAUCACCACGAUAUGCCAUGCCAUAGUCUCCAUCUGCUCACGCUUCUCCGACGAUGCUCGCCUCGGCUAUGACAGUGAGGCACGCACGCUAAGAGCCAAACGCAGUCGUGAUACCGUCAUCCUGCAGAGUAUGCAAUCUUUCUCCGUGGAGAACCUACAGGCUCUGAUCAUCGUCGCCUUUGACACCAUCGGGAGUGGGCGGAGCCCGAGUGCCUGGUCUGUCGUGGGCAGCAUGACGCGCACAGUGGAGCAGCUGCAACUCAGCGUCGAACCCGUGGAUGAAGGCCCCCAUCGCUCUGCGGACAAUUUCCAGAACCAGAUCAAGAGAGCAGCUUUUCUGCCUCCUGCUCGUGACUGGAGCGAGCUGGAGGAGAGAAGACGCGUGUUCUGGAACAUAUUUUUGAUGGACCGCUUCUGUAGCUUUGCUACGGGAUGGAAUCUGUCCCUGACGAGUGCUGAUGUGAAACGGAGGCUACCUUGCGAAGGUGCUCUGUGGGAGGCAGGCGAGGCCCUCGAGACCCCCACGCCGUUCUUUGGAGUUUCAGACAAGUACAACCAGGCUUCGACCCCUUCACCGUCUCAAAGUCACCAUCAAAAGAACAAGGCUCCGGUAGAUGAGAUGAGACUGCCUGCUGCCAGAGCCGAGAGUGAAGAUCAAGAAUCCCUAGGUGGAUUCGCCUAUUGCAUCGAAGCAACCGAGAGUCUCAGCCUGGUUACCUCGUUCUUCCUCCAGCAAGCCGUGGACGUGUCCAAGGCGCAAGAUGUCCAAAUGUGGCUGAUGCGCUUCAAGCAGCUCGACCUCCGCUUGGUGCAGUGGAAAAUAUUCCUGCCCGAGCGGUGGCGUGAGGCGUGCGCGCUCAACGAGGAUGGAAACAUGGAUCCCAACUUGACCCUUGCUCACAUCACCCACAAUAUCGCCGUCGUCCUCCUUCACCAGGGCAUUGCCUACCCAUCUACCGAAUGGCAGUCUGUGCUACCGACCAUCGGCGUCCGUCUGCCAUCUGCCUCUAGCGCUGAGACCUGCCUUAUUGCCGCGACUGAGGUUGUCACUAUCGUGGAGCGGUUCUUACGGGAUAAUCCUGCCACCCUCACGAACCCCCAGUUUGCAUUCUGCUUGUUUAUCUGCGGCCGUAUGUUAUUAGCACACGCUGCGUACUAUAACAUCUCGCUUCCAAGGGAGUUCGACGUAUUACUGGACUCCCUUUGGGAAAUAUCAAAAAGAUGGAAGCUCGAGAACAACUUAGCGUCCAAGUUCGCCUCACGCCUUCUGAGGGCCAGACAACAAGGUGCUUCCCUGGAUAUUCGGCAGGCUGUGUUCUCCGACGACCAGGCUACGGUCACAGACAGCUUUCCCACAAUCCUCGGAGACAACUCUGAUGUGUCGAGGCUGCGCAAUGGAAAGUCACGUUUCCAAGUAAAUCAGCCACCUCCCAACGUCACACAUCACAAUCACACCUUUACCGGCCCAUCGCACCAGUUUGGUCAUGCCUCACAAACAGGACAGCCGGUGGAGGUGUCCGGGCCUAUCAACAGCAAUUAUCACAACAUGCGUCCCAUCGAUGAGGAGUCACCAGACAGCAUAUCCUUCGCUUUUCCUCCCCUGCCCCUGGCCUUCCAGGCAGGUCAGAUCCCCAGUGCAUCACAGACUGCCAUCCAUUCUCCAGACUUGCAACCUGCGCCUUACCCAGAUCAGCACUUUGGAAGCGGCAUGGUGACCCUGGACACAGGGGAAUUUGAAGAUCUUAACUUUUUCAUGGAGUAUACGUUCCCGCCAGAUGAGCGAGUUAGUAUGUAUGGGCACCCCGGUGAUUCGAAUGGGCCGCCGAUGGGUCAGUAG